AAAACGUGCUUGUUUUACAGAAAGUGUACUUAACUGCGGUCAUGUAAGGGGACUGUUUGUCGUGCUUGGUCUUCCCGCUAUUUUGUGGCUCACUAGCUAGCUAGCUGUUGUUGACUACUUAGCUUAGUGGGAAGAGGACGCCUACCUUCUCAAGCUAGUCAUAAAAACACACUCAGAGUAUUGGCCAACUUCCACUGCAGCUAGCAAGAUAGCACAGCUGCUCCUGGCGAUUUCUGGUUAUCUGGAAAAACUGAAACAGCGUUAGUUUAUUUUGGACAAACCCAGUUUUAGCAGUUGUGUGUUAGCUAGGUUGCUAACAGCCGUGAAGAGGAGACUGUCUGCUGCCGCGGCGCUGAUCACCGUCCAACCUCAAACACACAUUUGGCUCUCUGCGUCGAACAGAAUGUCUAAAAGUGAAACAGAAGAGAUGAUAGAGAUCGAGAUCGAUGAACGGGAGAAACAGGCGUGCCUGGAGGAAGGGGUCGAGGAGCAGACCAUCACUGCAUCAGAUCUGAUUCAACAAGACAUCGACAUCAAUGAGCCCAUUGGCAAUUUGAAGAAGCUCUUGGAGCCUCGUAUUCAAAUAUCACUGGACGCAUAUGACAUCUGCUUGCAGGACAUCCAGCUUCACCCUGACCACAGCCUCUUCGAUCAAGGCGUAAAGACAGAUGGCACCGUGCAGCUCAGCCUGCAAAUUAUAACCAAACCAGGUGAGGAGAAGCUAAACAUUUUGGAAAUUGUGAAGCCAGUAGAAACAGUGGAGGUGGUGAUUGAUCCAGAUGCAGCAGGAGAGGAGGGAGCACUGGUGGAGGAGGGUCAGCUCAUCGCUGUGGAGCGAUCUGGCCUUUCUGAUGAGACCUCCGAGCAGGUUACACGCUGGGCUGCAGCACUUGAAGGCUACCGCAAAGAGCAAGUCCGGCUGGGCAUACCAUACGAUCCUGUGCUCUGGACAGCUGAUCAGGUGAUCCACUGGGCUGUGUGGGUGAUGAAGGAGUUUAACAUCGAUGAGAUGGAAAUAGGCAGCAUUCACAUUCCAGGUCGAGAUCUCUGCUCAUUCAGCCAGGAGGAGUUCCUACAGAAAGUGCCCAAUGGAGAGAUACUCUGGAGUCACCUGGAGCUCCUGCGUAAAUAUGUGUUGGCAAGCCAGGACCAGUCCGGAGGGGACGCCACUGUCACCAUCGAUCAACCUGUGCAGAUAAUCCCGGCCCAAGUGAGCACACCCACUGCCAUUAAAGUGUUGAAGCAGAACCGUGGCCCUAGAGCUCCCCGAAUUUCAGGAGGAGAGGAGCGCAGCUCGCCUGGCAACCGCACAGGAAACAAUGGUCAGAUCCAGUUGUGGCAGUUCCUGCUGGAGCUGCUGACAGACAAGGACGCACGGGACUGCAUCUCCUGGGUGGGCGAGGAUGGCGAGUUCAAACUCAACCAGCCGGAGCUUGUGGCCCAGAAAUGGGGCCAGCGCAAGAACAAGCCUACGAUGAACUACGAGAAACUCAGCAGAGCCCUGAGGUAUUACUACGAUGGGGACAUGAUCAGCAAGGUGCAGGGCAAGCGCUUUGUCUACAAGUUUGUGUGUGACCUGAGAACUCUGAUCGGCUACAGCGCUGCUGAGCUCAACAACCUGGUGACCGAGUGCGAACAGAAGAAACUGGCCCGCAUGCAGAUGCACGGCAUCGGUCAGCCCAUCACUACAGUGACGCUGGCCACCACAACACUAGACAAAGACAGUUGAAGGAGGCUGUGGCAAAGCGCCGUCCAGCUGCCAAAGUUUGCUCUCCACCGCUGAUUGGAAAUCAACUCUGUUCUCUUCUUUUGACACAGCUGUGUUUAUCAGGCACAGGAAUGCAAGACUGAUCCCCAAUCAGUACGGAUUAACAACUUUGUUAUUGUCUUUACAAGUUAGACUGAGGCAGGUUAAAAAUUUUAUCUUUUCUUUAACUCUAACCAAGAGACGUGUGUUCAGGAUGAGGAGACAAAUGUCUGUGUGAUUACUGAGAUGUGCUGUUGUUGUGUGCAUGUGACUGAAUGCUUGAAUGUCUGACUGAGCUGUGAGCUUUGUGUAAUGUGUUCCUCGUCUGUAGUUUAGGAUCAUUUCCACUGUAUAUACCGGUACUUCAUGUUUUUGAUAGCCACAAGGACAAGUGUAUUUUCAUAUUUUCCAUUUAUAGAGGAUCUGUUUUGUAUUUUAUUUAGUGUUUGUUCCCUGAAUUGUUGGACCCUUUUUUGUCCACUAGAGGGAAUAAAGUGGCAAGCAUUUUUCUUAA